AUGGGAGAAGACAAAACAAUUACUUUCUACACUGCUUUCUCGCCAAAUGGCCACAAGAUCGCAAUUACGCUGGAAGAGCUCGGGCUACCUUAUGAAAUGGUCCACGUAAACUUGCCAGCCAUCCAACAUAAGGAACCAUGGUUCAUGAAGAUCAAUCCAAACGGGCGAAUUCCUGCUUUGACGGACACGCUUGAGGAUGGCACUCAGAUCAAUCUCUUCGAAUCAGGGAGCAUUCAGCAGUAUCUGGUAGACAGGUAUGAUACAGAGAACAAGAUAUCGUAUCCCCGUGGAACCAAAGAAUUCUAUCAAACCAAUAACUGGCUAUUCUUCCAAAACGCAGGCAUAGGUCCAAUGCAGGGUCAAGCGAACCAUUUCGUUCGAUAUUGUCUUUCCAGCGAGCCAGAACAGUAUUCAAAGGAUCGCUAUGUGAACGAAACUCGACGGUUGUAUCGAACCCUCAACAAGCAUCUCCAAGACUCUCAAUCCAAGUAUUUGGUGGGAGACAAGUGCACUAUUGCAGACAUUGCUAUCUCUUCCUGGGCCAACAUUACUGCUUUUGCGGGUGUUGAUAUAAGCGAAUUUCCAUACGUUGGCGGGUGGCAAGCUCGAAUGGCACAGCGUCCGGCUGUGCACAAGGGAUCUCAGACACCAAAGAAGGUUGACUUGGAAAAGCUGGAGAUGGAUCCUGAAGCGUUCAAAACCUAUCUCAAAACAAAUGAAGCUUGGAUCAAGCAUGGGAUGGACGAAGACCGCAAGAAAUAA